AUGUUCGGUGGGUGCUUGGCCCGAGUGGUGACAGUAUCUCCAGGCCCACUGAUUCGUGUGGAGGGUCAGCCGGUCUCCAUCAGAUGUGAUGUCGUUGACUACAUGGGGCCUCGUGAGCAGGACUUUGAAUGGAUGAUGUCCAGGGAGGCCAACGGACAGCAAAUAAAAAUCAUAUCUACCUUUGAUGCCACCUACUCCCAUGCAUCUCUCAGCAAGCGUGUGGCAUCAGGUGACAUCUCAGUGAUGCGUCUCCAGGACAACACGGUGGAGUUGAAGAUAGCAGAGGCCAAGUCACAAGACGCUGGCUUCUAUAUGUGCCAAACACCGAGCACUGACUCUGUCAUCAGUGGCAAUUACGAUGCUCAGGUCCAACUCAUUGUCAUCCCAAACACGCUGAUGGUGAACCCUCAGACCCCUCCCUCUGUCGUCCCUGAGGGUAGUGAUGUUACUCUCUCCUGCAACGUCACCAGAGAACUCACACAGCCCACCUACUUAUCAGUCACCUGGUCGCUAAAAAAGGGAGGAACAUCAGAGGAAAUUUUAACUUUUGGCCCUCAGGGUAAUGUGGUCACAGGUGCCAAGUAUGCGCGUCGUUACGCUGAUGGAGCCAUCCGUUUAGCACCCGGGAAGAGUGGAUUGUUUGAAUUGGUAAUUUCCAGAGUGACAACAUCUGAUGAAGGGAUUUACGAAUGCAAUGGAACAGAGUGGACACAUGAAAAUGGAGGAAAAUGGAUUCAAAUUGUGGGAAGCGCAAAGGAAAUGGGAACUGUUGCUGUUACUCCAACAGGUCAGUCUCUCAGUGUGAAGGCUUCUUCGUUGUCCUCUGCACCCUCCAUGAAUCUGCACCUCACACCUGGUGACAAACUGAUGCUGCUUUGCUCGGUCACUGCCGACAACCUGCCCUCCUUGUCCCUGGAAGUGUCCUGGCUGGCCAACGGCCGGGAUAUCAUCACCAUGGAGCGCAGUGGGGUCGUGAUCGCCAAUAUGUCUGCCAGCUCAGUGCAAGGAAAUCACGAAGAGGCGAGUAUAGAGAGGACUGGGGCCAAUGAGUACAGGUUAUCAGUGAGACAGGUGAGCACCGAGAACGAUGGAGCAUAUGCUUGCCGCAUUCGGGCCUUCAUCGAGAAAGGAGGCAAGAGCUCUGGAGGAGGAGGACGGUGGCACAUGGCAGCUGAGAAGACGUCAAGCCCAGUGAUGGUGAAGGUGUUGCAGAUCAAACCAAGCUUCAUGCUGGAUAUUGAGACCAUCGUUCACCCCCAAAUGACCAGUGAACCGACAGAGUUGGCUUGUCAUGUAACCAAUAUUACACACCUACCCUUGGGAAGCCGGCUGGGUGUUACAUGGGAGCACAUUGCACUUCCUGGAGCUGCCAGCGAACCUAAGGCUGCAAAUCCUAUUGGCUCUAUAGACGCCUAUGGCAAUCUGUUGCCUGGUGCUAUAUAUUCUGAAAGACUGGAGACCGGCAUGAUGUCACUAACAAGAGUCCAGCCUGACACUUUCAAACUGCGAAUCCUCCGCACGCAGGAGAUCGACAUGGGUCAGUACAUUUGUGCUGUCUCUGCAUGGAGCAUUAACAGUCAAGGCAAUGUACUGAAGACUGCUGAGCAUCAGAGCUUGCCAAUGACUGUGCGAUGGGAUGCUAAACGUCCAUCACUGAACGUUGUAGCCAAACGCAUUCGCGAGGCUUCUGUGGGCGGUGCUACAUUUGAGAUAAGCUGCACAGUGGUGACCCAAAACCUUGGUGAAGCGGGAUAUUCAGUUCUUAUCCAGUCACAAGACAGCCUGCAAAGCAAUGUGAGAACCAUUAUGACCCUUAGCCCCGACAGUGUGGUGCAGCACGGAGGAGCCACAGACCCCAACAGGAGAGACAGCCUAGUUUUGACAAAAUCCGGCCCAGCUGAGUUUAGGUUUCGCCUCGGUGGGGUCCAGUUGUCAGAUCGAGGUUUCUAUUGGUGUGACAUCACUGCAUGGACAAAGCAACAGCCCGGUCAAGCAUGGACCAGAGCCACGAGUGCAGAAUCCAACAAAGUCAAGGUCGACUUUCAAGAAAACGGACCCUCCUUUUCGAUCGCCAUUCAUUCAGACACCAGCACGGUUUAUCCCUGGCAAACGGCCAAGAUGAAGUGUUCCCUUCGCGUUUCCGGAUCCUCACCAAGGACCGACCACCUGGCCUAUGAGGUGCGUUGGUUUUUCACCCGACUUCGAGGUGGGCAGACGACGACACAGGUAGCCAGCGUUGACCGCUUUGGAGUGGUCAGAAAAGAGUAUCGCAACUCCUCCAGUGAUGUUUCCAUCGAGCGUCAGGACACACACUCUUACACAUUGAAUGUCCAUGGUGCACUUGACACUGACAGCGGAGAGUACCACUGUGUCGCCACUCCCUGGUACCUGUCUGCCUCCACAGGAGCCUGGACUCAAGCUGGGGAGUUGACGUCAUCUCGAAUAUUCCUUACAGUGCGAUUCGCCGUUUGGGAAUCCCUAAAGUUGCCUCUCUUGUAUGGCGUUUCAGCAUCGAUAGGCGUGGGCCUCUUCUCGCUUGUCCUAGGCCUGGUUUGCGCCCAGUGCUGCUGUCGCAACGCCGCGCACACUCCGCGCUCACGCAACAAAUUGAUGGACCUGGAGAUGGACUGA